AUGGCCGAGGUAAUGUAUUCCGGUUGUCGAACAUUGGGUUCUGAAGUCAGCCGUCUGUCAGCUUUCAGCAACUUUAGUGCGCAAGACGUCCUCAUAUGGGUACCACCAUUCAUUCUCAAAAUGCCGUUGUUGAUUGUGACAUCAGGGGAAGAAGCACGACAUCUCCACAGAAACGUCAUCGGCGCAGGAACUCCGGAUUUCAACAGUCAGAUGUAUGCUCGACUGAGAUUCAAACCCCCUAAGGAACAGUUCCUGUCGAAUAAGCAGAUGGAAAGUCCGUUGAUCCUGCUACCGAAAACUCUACUUCGCAACAGCCUGCCUCAAACAUGUUGUUCCGAGUGUUAUGUCGGAACACGUUCUGUUAUUCUGCCAACUCUCGUCGCUGUGCGCCCUAGUGGAUCCAAUGGCCAGCCUACGUUUGAAAACGGGAUGUCUCUAGAGACAUUCCGUGACAUGAGAAAUGCGAAUCUCACAAGCGAACGGGGUCCGUUUCGGGCGUACGAGCCCACUGAGGUUGGAGAACCAUGGCCGCUCACCUUUUCGCUUCGCGGAUUGUCGCCGCUGUCCGAAGCCAUCAUGGGCCUCCGGGACUUUGAAGCACCGGAUGUGUCUACUGACUUGGCAAUACGGUUUGGUCCAGAUCGAGACCUUGCCUGGCAGCACAUUGCCGUCAUCGUCCCAGAAUAG